GUCGUUUACUUCACUGCCACCUUCCCAUAUGUGAUGCUUAUCAUCCUGCUGAUACGAGGAGUCAUGCUGCCGGGUGCUACUGAGGGGAUCAUCUUCUACCUGAAGCCGGACAUUUCCAGGCUGGCAGACCCUCAGGUCUGGAUGGAUGCAGGCACUCAGAUCCUCUUCUCUUAUGCCAUUUGCCAGGGGUGCCUGACAGCUCUGGGCAGCUACAACAAAUACACCAACAACUGUUACAGGGACUGCAUCAUGCUCUGCUUCCUGAACAGUGCCACCAGCUUCGUUGCUGGCUUUGCCAUUUUCUCUGUGCUGGGCUUCAUGGCUCGAGAGCAGGGUGUACCCAUUGCAGAAGUGGCUGAAUCAGGUCCUGGCCUGGCUUUCAUAGCAUAUCCAACGGCAGUAACGAUGAUGCCUGUGUCUCAGCUCUGGUCCUGCCUUUUCUUCCUCAUGCUGGUGUUCUUGGGACUCGACAGCCAGUUUGUCUGUGUGGAAAGUAUGGUGACAGCUAUUAUUGACAUGUUCCCGAGAGUGUUUCGGAAGAAGGGGCGUCGGGAGCUGCUGAUCCUGGCCAUUGCAGUCAAAUGCUACCUGCUGGGCUUAUUGCUGGUCACUGAGGGUGGGAUGUACAUCUUCCAGCUCUUUGACUACUAUGCUGCCAGUGGCACGUGCCUGCUCUUCCUGUCCAUUUUUGAAGUGAUAAGUGUAGGAUGGGUGUAUGGUGCCAACCGCUUCUAUGACAACAUUGAGGACAUGAUUGGUUUCCGGCCGUGGCCCUUGAUCAAGAUAUGCUGGCUGGCGUUCACCCCGGGUCUGUGCUUGGCCGUCUUCCUGUUUUCCCUGAUCAAGUACACCCCCUUGAAAUACAACAAUUCCUAUGUGUACCCGCCCUGGGGCUACAUGGUGGGCUGGAUGAUGGCACUCUCCUCCAUGCUCUGUGUUCCUCUCCACGCAAUCUUCAUGCUCCUGAAAACCAAAGGACCCCUGAAGCAGCGGCUGACGCAGCUGAUUUCCCCAGCAGAGGAUCUGCCGCAGCCGAAGAAGCACGUGGCGAGUCUAUCCAAACAGGGAUGGUCCCCUCCGGUCCAGGUGCUCAGCAUCACAGAGAGAGAAACUCACUUCUGA